UCCAUAACGUACGGUUUAGAAAAGCAGGUAAAAAUCUGUCAAAAAAAGACACCCCUGACGUUGACUGCAAUCUCUUCUUCCUUCUCUUCCUCAAAACUUCUUCUAGAUUCUCUCAACAAUACACACACUACCCUUUUUCUCACCUCACAUGCUUCACUUCCUCCAUUAACAACCAUAACCAUAACCAUCAAAAUUCACCAUGCUUUCUCUCCAAUUCACCAUCCACCAUCUUCCUCCACCUCAAUUCCUCACCACCACCACCAACAUUUCUUCCUUCUCUCCCAUCUCACUCUCCUUCUUCAACAACCACCACCUUCUUCGCUACAAUGUCAAAACCCUAAAAAACCACAGAAUUCUAGCAAUGUCUACUAAUAAUAAGUCUACAUUCAAAAUGAAUCUCAACGAGUAUCUCGUCACUCUCGAAAAACCACUCGGAAUUCGAUUCGCUCUUACAUCCGAUGGAAAAAUUAUUAUCCACUCUCUCGCUAAAGGCGGUAAUGCUGAAAAGUCUAGGAUAAUUAUGGUGGGUGAUACUUUGAAGAAAGCUGGUGAUUCGUCGCGGAAUAGUCUUGUUGAGAUUAAAGAUGUUGGAGAUACACAGAAGGUGCUAAAGGAGCAAACAAGUUCUUUUAGCUUGGUUCUUGAGAGGCCUGCAUCUACAUUUCCCAUUCAACUACUGCAUAAUAAGAUGAAUGAUCUUGAAAUAGUGUAUAAUAGAGGCCGAGUUCCUUUUGUCACAUGGAACAAGACACUAUUAGCAUCAAAUUUACAACCAUCUAGUGAGAGCGGUGGGAGUUCUGGAUUUUCGACGUUCAACUCAAAGUUUCUUAACUCAAAUGGAAGCAAGUUAUUGGGCAAUCAAAAUCAACAUGCCAUCACCCAUGGUGAAAGAAAUUCAUUUACUGAACAAACGAUACAACUUGCUUGUGUUUUCUCUGAAGAAGCAUGUGGAGAUGGAGAUUGGGCUCACGGAAGUUUUCCACUUGAAGAAUAUAUUAAGGCUCUAGAUCGUUCCAAGGAUGAGAUGUACUAUAAUCACUCUCUUGGUAUGCGUUAUAGUAAGAUUACCGAGCAAAUAUAUGUGGGAUCUUGUAUACAAACAGAGGAAGAUGUGGAAACCUUGUCAAAAGUUGAGGGAGUUACUGCUGUUCUGAACUUCCAAAGUGGAACUGAAGCUGAAAAUUGGGGAAUCAAUGUAAAAUCGAUCAAUGAUGCUUGUCAAAGGAAUAAUAUUCUCAUCAUCAACUACCCUAUACGGGAUGGAGAUUCUUAUGACAUGAGAAAAAAACUCCCAUUUUGUGUUGGGCUUUUAUUACGGUUGCUAAGAAAGAAUCUCCGUGUUUUUGUUACUUGCACUUCUGGAUUUGAUAGGUCUCCUGCUUGUGUGAUUGCAUAUCUACAUUGGAUGACAGACGUUUCCCUUCAUGCAGCUUAUACUUGGGUCACUGGGAUGCACACGUGCAGGCCUGACAGGCCGGCAAUUGCAUGGGCGACAUGGGAUCUUAUAGCUAUGGUUGAAAGGGGCGAACAUGAUGGUCCUCCUACACAUGCUGUAACAUUUGUAUGGAAUGGUCAUGAGGGAGAGGAUGUAAAUUUGGUUGGAGACUUUACUGGAAAUUGGAAAGAACCAGUUAAGGCAAAGCAUCGGGGUGGAUCAAGACAUGAAGUAGAAGUUAAACUUCCACAAGGAAAGUAUUACUACAAGUUCAUUGUUAAUGGACAAUGGAAGCAUUCAACAUCUUCACCAGCUGAAAGGGAUGAUAGCGGAAAUGUUAACAAUAUAAUCAUGAUUGGUGAAACUGCCAGCGUUCGGCCUUCUGUUCAGCACCAGCAAAGAGAUGCCAACGUUGUAAAGGUGAUCGAAAGACCUUUGAAUGAAAAAGAGCGGUUUAUGUUGGCGAAAGCUGCUCGUUGUAUUGCUUUCUCCAUCUGUCCUGUCAGAUUAGCUCCUAAAUAGUUGCACAUAAUAUAAUGUACAGUAUUGGUGUUGUCAUACUUAAAAACAUUUUAAAUGUGUGAUGAGUCAUCCGUUUGAUCCAA